AUGGUACGCGCAAUCGCAUAUGGGAACUGGGAACAGCCCAUCGACGCCAAUAUCUUCGGUAUCCGAUCCACAUGGCAAGGAGAACUACGCAUCCCUUUCGCAUGCCACAUCCACCAACCAAGUUCGACUGCACCACCAAACAUACCCUUCCACCAGUUCGCCCGGUUACCUGCAGAGCUGCAACUACGCGUCCUACAAUUUUGCGACAAGCCAACACUCUUCCGACUUAUGCAAACGUCGCACUUGAUACGUACUGAGGCGACCAAGCUUUUCUUUUCCGAUCCAGAGGCCUGGUAUUGCGUCGAAGGGGAAUGGCUGGAAAUGGGCGGCCAUCCAAGCGAUGGGCUCCAUGAUAUCGACUUCUUACCCUGUAUACAGCGUUUGCACGUUGAAUUUAAUUUGAUGGACGAGAAGACAUGGACGGACGGGAAUAUUCGCAACUUUUGGGGAAGAGUGCAAUGUCUAUUUCCGCAGGCCAAAAACGUCAUGGUAGGCGAUGAGUCCAUAGAUAGCCCCCCUCAUCCAGUCGGUUCGAGCACAGCUAGUUGGCCACCGCCAGAGUUGCACAGGAGAGUCUGCCAGCUGUGUCCACCGGACAUCAACGUCUUUGUCUCAAUCCUUCGAGGCGAUGGCCGGUUGAAGAGAACACUGUGGCGAAGGGUCACAAUUCAAGAUGACGACAAUGAAACGCAAGAACUGGAUGAAUGUCAAAAUCAUCCUGGACCGAGCAUCAUCGUGCCGCAUAAACCUUUCCGUGGGCAAGUGGGAAUAUGCCAGUACCUUUGGAGUCAGUGUUGGGCGAUUGCAAACAAGGAAAAGGCGCUUCGAGUGCUUGGCCUUGCAGCUAUAGAACGGCAUCAUUUCCAUGGACGCCACGAGGCAUUCGGAUGCCCUGCUCCAAAUUGCGACGCCUGGUUCGGGCGACCUGAAGAAUUCACGACACACGUGAUUAGGACGGCGAGACGUCACGACGAUAGCUAUGUCUUACUGGAACCUUACCAGUCCUUGUUCGCGGAUGGUGAGAAGACACUGGAAGAAUUAAGGCAGCGCCAGCGUGAGAUCGAGGGGCCAUUUUUGAGGUGGUGGGGAAAAUAUGGGUCUGAUGAGCGAAGGGCUGCCGAGAAGGAAUUUCUCCGUGAGCUAGAGCAAGGUGGACCGUUUUCCAAGCAAAGAUGGUUAAGCACAAUGGAAAUGUGGGAGUAG